AUGAAAGCUCCUCAGAACUUGAAGGAGGCUCAGAAGUUGGUAGGCAGGAUAACAGCCCUGUCUAGAUUCAUCUCCCGAUCGACAGACAAAGCGGCGCCCUUCUUCAAAGUACUCAGAAAAGCCUCCAAAUUCCAGUGGGAUGAAGAAUGCACGCGAGCUUUUGAAGAGUUAAAGAAGUAUCUGGAGACCCUGCCUUCCUUGUUCAAGCCUAUUACAGGAGAGCCACUCUGGGUCUACCUGUCAGCCACCCUUGAGGCCGUGGGGGCGGUGUUAGUGAAAGAGCAGGACAAUGUACAACAGCCGGUGUACUUUUUUAGUUAUUUAUUGAAGGGGGCUGAGUCUAGAUACACAGCCCUGGAAAAGUUAGUCUAUGGAUUGGUGCUUAUGGCUCGGCGUCUAAGACCUUAUUUUAUGGCACAUCCCAUCACAAUCCUGACCAAUAGCACCUUAGGUAAAGCCCUCACCAAUGUAGAAGUUGCUGGCUGGCUUAUCAAGUGGGCCUUGGCUGAUUUCCUGACCGAGAUUCAUCAAAUUGGUUCUGAAGAAACAUGGAAAGUAUAUGUGGAUGGAUCGGCCAUCCGACAGGGAAGUGCUGUUGGAGUUCUUCUAAUAUCUCCUCAAGAAGACAUCUUACAGCUAGCUAUACAGUUGAACUUCAGAGCCACUAAUAACGAAGCAGAGUAUGAGGCAUUAUUGUUAGUAACCCAGCAGGUAGCCGACAACUUUGAAAUCAAUAGUGACAAGCUGCAAGUAUAUCGAGAAGUUUAUAAGAAAAUGAAAGAAGAAUUUAAGGAGUUCACGGUAAGCAAGAUUCCCAGAGCAGAGAAUGGUCGAGCUGAUGAGUUAGUUAAAAUGGCCAAUUCUCUGACAACGUGGGUAUUAGAUAAGUCAAUAGCACAGACCUUCCUCAUAGCUCAAAUAUACCUUCAAAACAACAUGGACGAGAUGAUUGAUUGGAGAGCACCAAUGAUUAGUUAUCUACAGCAAGGUAUUCUACUAACAGACCCAGAGGAAGCACGGCUGAUCAGGAAAAAGGCCCAUGCUUAUACCAUGAUAGGAAAUCAGUUAUAUAAGCAGGCAUUUUCCAUGCCUUUACUCAAGUGUCUAAGCAUGGAAGAGGCGGAGCAUGCUUUGCGGGAGAUAUAUCAAGGGUGUUGCGGUAGUCAUGCUGGAGGUCGAACGUUAGCUCUCAGGGUGAUGCUAGCUGGUUAUUUCUGGCCUACCUUACAAAAGAAUGCCCAGUAG